AUGCCCCCGUUCAUCUCUCAGCUGGUGCGCCGUACCUUUGACUUUGGGAUAGCAUCGCGCGAGUUUUCGGAUCAGUUCAAGAAUCCCAGCGACAUAUUUUCAGUGCUCCUGCUCCUUGGAGGCGCGAGCGAUCCCGUCGGCCGGGCUCUGGCGCAAAUUAGCGGUUCUAGGGUCACACCCGUGGCAUUCUCCUUUGUCUCCUUUAUGCUCGAAAUCGCUGUGGGCGCCGCCGUUGGCGAGAUCAAGCUCAUGCCGCGGCCCGACUAUGCUUGCAAGGUAAUCAAUACGGACAGCCGUCAGGUCACCACUAACUGUAGCUGGGUCAUUGGCCGUAUUAUGCGAGAUUUUGAAUUCUGGAUGGACAAUCGCAUCCGGGAGAGCUUGCGCUCUGCGAUUCAGUCAUCGUGGGAAUCUAGCAUGCAACGUGGGCUCGAUAUCCCCAAGCCUACGCGGGUAGGCUUGUGCGUCUCUAUAUACAAGGCUGACGGCCAGAGGCGUGGCGCUGGCCGCGACUCCCCAUAUUGGUCUGGUGUUGGAAUAAUAUCUAUCCAGCUCAUCGUUGCAGUCGUUGCCUUGGCUGUGUCUGGCGACUGGAGCAUAUUGCUCAUCCUUGCGUCUGGCACAUUGUUGGCCAUGUCAACUGGUAGCCUGGGACAGUGGUCCCGAGAGAAAUGGGCCUGCAGAAAAGGCACGAGAAAGAAUUUUGUUUUGACGCAAGGAAAUGGUAGCCAGCAUGCCAUUGUGAUUAUCGGCAAUGACAAAGGACUCGAUCUCGAAGACCUGGCCAUGGGACUUGACGACCCCCGCCGCGUCCCUGUCUCUUUGACAGCUCGAAUCACUGUCAUGGUUCUAGCUUUGCUCUGGCUCUUUCUUCUCAUCACCGCCACCGGAAUCAAACAACAUACGUGGUACAUUCUUGCCAUUGGUUUCCUAGGUAUCCUGGGAAACACCCACAUUGCUGGUGCGAAUCGACGUCCAGAGAUGCAAGGAAUUCCGCUCAUAUAUGAGGGUGUCAUUUGUGAAACAAAAGUCAUGGCUACUCUGUUAAAGGUUGAGAAGGAGUAUCCGAAAUGUGGAAUCUGCAUGGUGAAUUUGUUUUUUCCUGGCAAAUUGCGACAAAUCGAAGAAGACGAAUGGGCAGCGUUGGACCAGAGUUUGCCAGAAGGGCUGGACUUUGGUCAUGACAAGGAUGCUGGCGCUUUGGAGAUUGGCGUGCUCAACGUCUUUGGCCGCGACUCAAGUUUGAUAUGCGUUCCUUGA